UGUACAUGCUCGGUCCCUUGUCUCAGCUUUUGUCUCGCCUGCUUAGAGGCGGGCUGUCGACUAUCCAAUAACCGCGCUCUGCAUUGGUCACGAUCGUGUCACAUUGAGCCAAUCGGCGUCACCCUAUUUACAACAUGGCGGCGCUCCUGCGUCUGGUACUUGUCUGGUCCCGCCAUGUUGGCCUUCAUUUCAGCCCGCCAGGCCGGUCUCGACGAUCCGCUGCGGUUGCGCCGGGCUGAGUCCACCCGGAGGGUACUAAGCUUGGAGCUAAACAAAGAUAGAGAUGUGGAAAGAAUCCAUGGGAGUGGUGUUAACACCCUGGAUAUUGAACCUGUUGAAGGAAGAUACAUGUUAUCAGGUGGGUCAGAUGGUGUUAUUGUACUUUAUGACCUUGAAAACUUCAGCAGAAAACCAUGUUAUACAUGUAAAGCAAUUUGCUCUGUGGGCAGGAGCCAUCCUGAUGUACACAAGUUCAGCGUAGAGACAGUUCAGUGGUACCCUCGUGACACUGGCAUGUUUACAUCAAGCUCAUUUGAUAAAACACUGAAAAUAUGGGAUACAAACACAUUACAACCUGCAGAUGUGUUUAAUUUUGAGGGAACAGUUUAUAGCCAUCAUAUGUCUCCAGUUGCUACCAAGCACUGCUUAAUAGCAGUUGGUACCAAAAGCCCCAAAGUACAGCUUUGUGACUUGAAGUCUGGAUCCUGUUCUCAAAUUCUGCAGGGUCACAGACAAGAAGUGCUGGCAGUGGCCUGGUCCCCGCGUUAUGAGUAUGUCUUGGCAACUGCAAGUGCUGACAGUAGAGUAAAACUCUGGGAUGUAAGGAGAGCAUCUGGAUGUCUGAUUACUCUUGAUCAGUACAAUGGGGAGAAGUCAAAAGCAUCCUCUGAAGCAGCAAACACUGCUCACAAUGGAAGAGUAAAUGGCUUAUGCUUUACAAGUGAUGGGCUUCAUCUUCUGACUAUUGGCACAGAUGACCGUAUGAGACUCUGGAAUAGUUCCAGUGGGGAAAACACACUGGUGAACUAUGGGAAAGUCUGUAACGAAAGCAGAAAAGGACUUAAAUUCACCACCUCCACUGGUUGUGAUCCAGAAUUUGCCUUUGUACCAUAUGAUAGCACCAUUGCUGUUUAUACAAUCUACUCAGGAGAACUGAUAACUAUGCUUAGGGGACAUUAUAAUACUGUUGAUUGCUGUGUAUUUCAGCCUAAUUUUCAGGAGCUAUAUAGCGGUAGCAAAGAUUGCAAUAUACUUGCGUGGGUGCCAGCUCUACGAGAGCCAAUGCCUGAUGAAGAUGCUGCAAAGUUUCAGCAGCCCAGCAUCAACUACGAUUCUGAUACACAUUGGCUACUCUUCUCCUGUCUACAGUUUCCUGUGACAGUUAAAAGGUACAGCACUGCCUGUGCAAGCCAUACCCCAUCUCCUGUUUGCUGCCAGAUCUUCUGCCACUGCUACAGCAGUCAGCAACACUUAAAUCCAGCAUUUGAAGAUGGAUGGAGCAGCAGUGAUGAUGAAGGAUGAAUCUCAAUUAGCUGUUGAUAUAAAACUGACAUUCAUGCACCAUGUUUGUGAAGAAAGGACUUUAUCUGCAGAAUUCAACAAGUAUUUGUCAUCAGCUUCUUUUGUAGAGUUCCUUAAAGCUCAGGGUUUCAGAAAUGAGAUUUUCUUAUAAAGUUACUUACUUGUACUGUCUUAACUUUUCCUCUGUGUUGUUACUAUAUUUUGAACUAGUAUUCUUUUAUUUCACUUGGCCUUCUCGCUCUCUUCCCACCCACCCCCAAACUUUAGGCAAAGCAAUUUGGUAUAUUGUACCUAGUUGUUGAGCUGACUAUUAAGAAAAGCAAAAUUUCUGAUCAUCAGAUGCUGGUACAACCCAUCUCUCUUCUUGUGUCACUAAAAUAGUGAGGCCUGACGAUUCCUUUUAUUUUCAGGGGCUCUAAAUUGGGCAGAUUGGGAUGAGAUGAGUGUGGAGAGGAGCUAGGGUGUGUAAAUCCCAGUUCCUUUGUAUUAUCCCCAUUCUACAGAUUCCUCUCCAUGGGCGCAUUAUGGAAUCCAGCUUCCUCAAUUAGAAGGAAGCAAGGCUGGUAUUCUCUAUCUAGGUAUUUAUAUAGCCCCCAUCAAUUUAAUAUCUGACCCCAUCCCAGGUAUUUAAAAAUAGAAGCAAAGUACAUGGAAUAGGAUCUUACUGGUCCUUGUAACAUGAUCCUAAGAUCAGUGGGCAUCCUCUGCUGCAUGAAACCCCCACAAAUGGAGGGGAAAAUUCAUGGAUAGCAGCAGGCAAACACUGAAUGGGGACUUGACUUCUGUGACAGCCAAAGAGUCAGGAUGAGGAGGAGAAAGGGAAAUAGUGCUGAGUCACUGGGCCUCUGCCAGUGUGCUGUGACUUACGAGGUUGAACCUCCUGCAUGUUCUGGGUGUACAAGACCGGGCUCUCCCUUUCUCAUCAAGAUGAUGUAAAGGAAUCUCAGCAAGCUGAGAGUCUCCUGUCUGUGCUGGGUGUGUUUUCCCCUCUUCAGUUAUAAUGUAGCCUUCUAGAUUUAACAAGCCUCAAGUCAGAAGAAAAAUUUGAAUAAAAUGGAAAUGUGAACAACAGUCCUUCAAAAUGUCUUCAUUUCAACUGAAUGUGUGGGUAGGGUCUUUGUUUUGUACUGUCUUGCGAGAAGUUUGGUGGGUCAGUUCUUAGCCCAGUGCUGGCCUGAGUGUGCUACAGGAGCAGCACUCGCUAUUCACUGAGGACUGAGUUAAGAAGCUGAACUAAAAGGCUUCCCAUCAAGUGGAAGAAGGAUAGCUGGGAUGCAGUACUUCCAAGGGAAAAGUUCAUACCAACUGGAGGAGCAGGAUUCAAACAACAAGAGAAGAAGUGUAACGCAACUGGAUGAAAAUUAUUUAGCCUGUGUAUUGUAUGUCACUAACAGAAUUAGUGCACAUUUCAGAAUUACAUUUGAAAAAAAUUGCAUACUAUUAUUCCAUAUACCAGUCCAGUGAAAGGGGCAUGGAGAGACUCAAGGAAAUCCUAGUAAUUCAGAAAUGUUAAUAUAAAAAUACUAAGUUUACAAUUGUCAGGAAUAGUGAAAGCCAAAAUUUGGCCUCCCUUAAAAUUAUUAUGAAGCUAUACUAGUUGGGGGCAGAGAGAUUCCCAAAAGCUUCACUUAAUCUUAGUUCAAGGGACCAGCCAGACCCAGUAAGUGUAGGGGAAUAUAACAAAUUGAAAUUGACUUCUUAAAGAUGAAACUUUCAUUUAAUUACCACUUGUUAGUUCUUUUCCUCCUGAAGCCUAGGGAAUCUUGGUAACUUAAUGAAAAUAAGCUUUAUUACAAGACAAAAGCAAAAUGAAUAAAUUAUUUGUAUUAUUGGGCAACAUUUUUGUAACAUGUUGUGUAUAUACAGAUGCUACAUAUUGUAUAUCAUAUUUGUACUUCACAUUUUCAAAAUUUAGUAAAAAGGUGGUUUUUUGGUCUUGA